CACAUUUCCCCAAUAUUGUCUUUUGUUGACAUUUUAUAGUCCGUCAAGCAACAGACGACUUUUUACAAUUCGGCAGUAAUUUUGCGGUUUACAGGCUCGAAAACGAUUAGGGAUUUUCCUUGAUUCGACAGUGUAUGGUUUUAAAUAAGUACCCAACCGUGACUGUGCUUCACGCACGAAUGGUGUUGGUUCGGGGAGACUUUAACAUUGUUGCUCAUUCACACAGCGCUUGUGUAUCUUGUACGGUAGAAGUAACUACUUGUUAUUAUGCGAUAACGAACUGAAAGUGGUUUAUAGCGUUUACAAUUAUAUUAAUAUGAGUUACGAAGUAGAAAGAAACAGUCCCUAUGCCGCGAUAGAUGAAGUCAGUCCUAGUUAUUGCCUUGUUAGCCCCUCAGCAUCAGGCACUCAUGAAAAAGUCGAUGAAAUUCUUCAACGGGUACGGCGAAUAGACAACAUCCUAAAGACUACAGUGGAUGUGUCAUUAAAAGAUUCUAAAGUUAAACCAGCAGUUGCUCCGAAACCAGUGCGCAGCUUGUCAACAACAGCAUUACCUCCAGGGCUGACGUCUGCUGCACCGCCACGACCGCCAAAAACACAGCCCGCAAGGCGUCGAUGCGAGUCUGGGACCGCUCACAAGACGUUUACUAAACCAGAGUGCGAAUUCCUAACGUUACAGCUUAAGUCGGUACGCUCAAUACUGGACGAAAUGAUCGACGACGAUUUUGCCGAAAAAGACAAAGGCAUGGCCACACUGGACUCUGUUAUAAAAGCAAUUCAACCUUAAACUACUAUACAUAAUUACAAUACAUUUGCUUUGACCUUGACAUUGUUACGCCGAUUUACCUUACAAUUUAUGCCUCAGUGCAUCACAAACUUUCGUGCAUGAGAGGUCAUGUUGUUUCUGCAACCGAACUCAAAGUGCACGACCUGGUUCCGAUACACUGUUGCUCUAUGCUGUUAAACCAUACUUCCAAGCCUGUGCUUUGUAUAGUUUAAAAGUUCCCACAGAAAUCGAUACCUUGACCAAACAAUGCCCGUUUUAUUUAUAAUGUAACGUGUUUAUAAUUAAGUAUAAUACUGUAGGGUAAGUACAACCCUUUCGAACAUAUUAUCCAAAUAUCCUGAUCGUAUUUUUACAAUCAAAAACGGUCGGUGGGAAUCGUUAGGUUUUAUAAUUUUUGAAUGUUUUUUGUUUACCACAAAACGGGAUGAAGAAGUGGUAUGAAAAUGUAUCCCUUCUAUUCGCCCAACCUAUACUGCAUAUGAUAUAUUGUUUUCAAUGUUUAUUGUUUAGCGAUUGUAAUGUUGCUAGUUUAGUUUACAUGUGUGGUAGGUAUAUGUGCUACACUUUAUUUAUUUGCCAAAUUAAACAUAAUUCUUAGUUCUUGG